AUAUUAACGCUGACACGCAUGCGCACCAUUUCCUAAAGGUCUGGAGACAAGAAGCGAAUCGAUUGACGCCUGCAAAGCUGCCAAUCAGGGAGGUUAUAUGCUUUGUGGGCGGGCCGAGUAUAAUUGCGCUAUGUCAAGCCUCUGAGUCUGUGAAUUGCUGUCAUUGGUUGCUGUCAGGUGCUCCCACCAUGCAUUGCGGGUAAACAGAGAUGGCGGAGGAGGAGGGAGAGGAGGAUCCCGGUUACAAUAACAUGGGCAACCAGCUGCAGCUUAUCCCGGCAGAGAGCGAGGAGGAAGAUGAUAUGGAGAUGGAAGACCCUGAUGGAAAUGACACAGAUUCACCUAAUAUCAUCAACUUCGACACUAGCCUGCCUACCUCACAUGCGUACCUGGGUGUAGACAUGGAAGAGUUUCAUGGACGCACUUUACAUGAUGAUGACAGCUGCCAUACGAUCCCGGUGCUGCCCCAUAUGCAGGUGAUGCUAAUCCCAGGCCAAACUCUGCCAUUACACCUUUCGCGUCCUCAAGAAGUAAGCAUGGUGCGUGGACUUAUUCAGAGGGACAGGACAUUUGCUGUACUGGCAUACAGUGACAGCCCUCAAAGAGAAGCUCACUUUGGAACAACUGCUGAAAUUUAUGCAUAUCGAGAGGAGCAGGAGUUUGGAAUUGAGACUGUGAAAGUGAAGGCAGUCGGAAGGCAGAGAUUCCGAGUCCUGGAAAUGAGAACCCAAACAGAUGGGAUCCAGCAAGCGCGUGUACAGAUCCUUCCUGAGCGGGUUCUACCAUGUCCUAUGAUAUCUCUUCAGCUGGACUCUCAGAGUCGGCAUCAGCUUUUACCAUCUAGCAAACCUGCCAGUGGUCGGAGCCAGCAGAACAUAUGUCAACGCCUACACAGAUACCACAGGAGGAAGUUUCGCGGUGCCAGCCUGACAUCAUGGCCUUCCUGGCUGUAUGCUUUGUAUGAUGCUGAUUACUUAAUGGAGCGAGUAAAGAAACAGUUGCAUGAAUGGGAUGAGAAUCUCCGAGAUGAUUCUCUGCCUGCAAAUCCAAUUGAUUUCUCAUACCGAGUAGCUGCCUGUCUGCCUAUUGAUGAUGCUCUGCGCAUCCAGCUUCUGCAGAUUGGAAACGCCAUACAGCGGCUGCGUUGUGAGCUGGAUAUCAUGAGCAAAUGCACGUCUCUCUGCUGCAAGCACUGUCAUGACACAGAGAUCACAACGAAGAAUGAGAUUUUCAGCCUUUCCCUCUGUGGUCCAAUGGCUGCAUAUGUGAAUCCACAUGGAUAUGUACACGAGACACUGACUGUCUACAAAGCCUUUAACUUGAGCUUAGUUGGGCGUUCUUCCACAGAGAACAGCUGGUUUCCAGGGUUUGCUUGGACAAUUGCACAAUGCAGGGUCUGUGGGAGUCACAUGGGUUGGAAGUUCUCAGCAGUACGGAAAGAUCUUUCACCGCAGAGGUUUUGGGGCUUGACACGUUCAGCUUUGUUGCCUCGUAUUCCUGAACCAGAUGAUGGAGAGAUGGGGCAGGAUCAAUCUCCUAUUUUAUGUCUGUGACUCCACCUUACAAUGAAGUUCUGUGACACUGAUCAGCUUUCUUGUCUUGUAAGCUCUCUCCCUAGCACCUACUCUGUGGAUGACCGCCUGCGCUGCCCGAGCAUUAGCGUCUCAUCUUUCUGCUAGUAGUGAAACAAUCUUUAGCAGGAGACACAGCGUGGGGCUGAGACAGGCAACCGGCUAUUGUUACUGUCAGACGGAAUGGUAAAAACUGAACCAAGAUCACAAAUGGAGAGUCCUAAGGAAAUUAACAGUUUACUGUCCCUUUAAAUCCUAUGCUUUAUUCCUGUGCUAAAUUCUUGUUUGUCCAGCACUCCCUCACCUUGUGCAGUGGGCGCUUCGAGGCGAUUGUGCCCUUACAAUUUGUACAAGGCUUGUAACAGUUUUCCUCCUGUAUGGGAGGGCUACAGAGACUGUAUCCUCACAAAGAAGAUGAAUAAGUGAACACUAUUGUUUGUAACAGAAGCAGCUGCCAACCCUUAUCCCCGAGCUUAAAACACCUGACAGACUCAUGUGGGCAUUGAAAACCUGCUUCGUCCUACUUUUUCUCUCUUUGUAUAAUAAGAGGUAAAAAAAAAUUUGCACUGCAAAAAUGUCAAUGUCUAGAACAUGGAAAUAAAUAGAAUCUUAAACCAA